AUUUCUUUCUUCACUGCAUUAACACAGCAACUCACACUCUUUUGAACAACUCUUCCUUCUUCAAGGACCACUCUCGUUUUUGUAACAACCACUUUCAUUAAAGCAUCAUCAUUUUUUCUAACCUUUUUUUUCUUCAAAACUCCCACUAGGACAAUUUCAAAAUGCCUUCUAUCCGAUCCAUCAUCUUCGCUGGCCUUGUCGCUGCCCCCUACGUCGCCGCUAAGUGCUACGACUUCAAGGUCUCCAUGUCCGCCAACAUCAACACUCCCGACCAGCCCGAACCCAAACAGGACGUCCAAGUCCAAGUGCAAGCCUUCGACAGCGCGACGAACGCAGAGCUUUGCAACGGCGGCGUCAUGCACGGCAACACCAGCAUAACCGUGGCCGAGUACGGCUGCAGGAUGUUUGCAGGUAACAUCCCCAAUGUAGAUGUGAACACCAUCCCCGAGAAGUCGAGGAUCGGCUGGAACUGGAGACUUGAGGACCAAGUCAAGCUCAGCUUCUGCCCCGGAGACGAUAUGGCUUCCUGCAUCGACGCCACCCUGGUCGAUGGAGAUCAAUGGGCUUGCGUCAAGAGCCCUAUCUGCGAGGGCAAAGCGAACUGCAUAUCUAAGGAGUGCCAUGGCGGUGUUAUCAAGCGCUGCAACGGAAUUCAAGACGCGUAAGAGCAAGUGGCCAUUUAGGUUCUUGUUCCGUUUCCUAUCCUCUUUUGGCCUUUCCACCCAGCAUCAUCCCCGUGUAGCAUUUACAGCGUAGCAUUUAGACAGGCGUCAGGAA